AUGGCUUCUCUUACGAAAGACUUCCCCGCCAUCCGAGCAUGCAUUUUUGACAUGGACGGUCUCCUCAUCGACUCCGAAGACAUAAUCACGAUGUCCAUAAACCAGCUUCUUGAAAAGCACGGGAGGCCUACUUUAAGCCGGUCCAUCCGGGCCAAACUCAUGGGUGUUCCAAACUCGACUAACAGUGACGUUUUCCACGACUGGGCUCAACUGCGUAUCCCUCGCGAUCAAUUCGCCCACGAAGCGACUGAGCAGAUGAAAAUGCAUUUUCCUAGUUGCAGGCCGCUGCCUGGCGCGCAGGAGCUACUCUCAAACCUCAGCCGAGCACGCUGUGCUGCCACCGGAGAUAAAAUCGAGCUGGCAUUGGCAUCCGGCACCAAGGCCCCUAGCUACGCAUUGAAAACGUCGAGCCUAGAAACGAAAAGGCUGCUCGAUUUCUUCCAGUCUGAUAGGCGAAUCCUGGGCGAUGAUCCCCGGUUGCGUCCGGGCAGGGGGAAGCCAGCUCCUGACAUCUACCUGGCCGCCUUGCAGUCACUAAACUCGACGACAACAAGCUGUGACAGGAAGGCGAUCCUUCCUAAUGAAUGCUUAAUCUUCGAAGACAGUGUCGCUGGAGUAGAGGCAGGAAGAAGGGCCGGGAUGAGAGUUGUUUGGGUACCACAUCCUGAUCUGGUGGUCGAGUAUCAGGCAAAACAGAAAAAUGAGUUGUUUGAGAUGACGGAUCGUAUUGAUAUUGAAGAAGAUUGCCAGAAAAACCAGAUUGAUGACAGCUACAUUGAAAUUAUAUCAAAUCUGAACCAAUUUGAUUGUGAGAAAUAUGGGAUCAGCAUAUCUUGCUAA